AUGGCUUACCUCCCCAAAUUGUUUUUAGGCGUGUUUCCCCUUUACAUGGGCGUCGAAUUGGCGCUCGCUUUCACCCUAUUGAACAAGUGCAGCGGUUUCUACGGGAUCCUGGGUCUAUUUACUGGGCACGCGCUCGACACCAUGCAAUGGCUACUGUAUCUGAGUUCCGUUUGUACCGUGCUGGUAUACUCGUCGGCGCUGGUACAGAUCUACAAGCCACAGCUGCUGAUGUAUUCGCUCACGCUAGUGGUUUUCUGCGCUGACACUGUGCUCACUUGUUUCUUCACGCUGUGGUUCAGUGGACAGUGGUUUUCCGCCCAGCAUGGCGAGCUUACAGACCCCAACUCCCAAACUCAACAAUCCCAAACCCCCGAGUUGCAAUCCAAGUACAAGAGAGGCGACACGCUCGAUUCCCAGAGCGCAUCUCAGAGUGCUGAAUUUUUCCUGACCAUCUUGAUCACAUUGCUAGCGUUGGCGUCCAGAUUUUACUUCAACUUUAUCAUCAUGGCUUUCGUUCAGAGACUAUUUCGUCAUCCUAAGUACAUUGUGGAUGUCAACGAUGUAGAACAAGACUUGAAGCACAAGAAUCUGCUACAGAGAUGGUGGCUAAAAGCCCAACACGCCAGCUACAAGCUAUGUCGGCGAUACUUGGCCUAG